CACUCAGGGCAGGCAGCAGUUGGAGGACUGGAGGUUACAAGCGCACACAGAACACAACACACACACAGUCUGCAGACCAUAAUUGAUAACAAACACACAUAUCUUACAGUUAUAACAGUGUGGUACCUCCUGAUCUAUCGGAGAAAUUUAGGACUUCUGCAAAACAGCGAAGAUAUGUCCUGGCAAGCGUGUGGGUCCAGUAUACUAGUCUGGCAGUUCAUUUGAGUCAUUCUUCAGAAGCGCAGCUGUUUAUGUAAGGUAAGUGUAAUGGAAGCUGUGGUUAGCCUUAACCCUAAGUGUGUGGCUGAUCUGGAGUCUGAUAUUGAUGAAGAUAUCGAACCACUGAAGAGCAAGUGGACUUCAAAAGAGGAUGAAACCCUUGCGUCCCUCGUGGUGAGGUUUGGACGGGAGGAGUGGGAGCUGAUUUCAGGCUACCUACCGGGGCGCUCUGCACAGGAGUGUAAAAACAGAUUCACAAUGGUCUUAGACCCAGAGCUCAUUAAAGGAACCUGGACCAAAGAAGAAGAUGAAAGGCUCAUUCAGCUGGUGUCUUUAUUCGGGGACAAGAAGUGGAGCACAAUUGCCAAGCACCUGAAAGGGCGGCGGGGCAAACAGUGCAGAGAACGGUGGCAUAACCACCUGGAUCCGUCUGUGAUCAAGACGCCCUGGACAACAGACGAGGACCUGCUGAUCGUCAAGUGCCAUUGUGUUCUGGGGUCUCGCUGGGCACAGAUUGCAAAGUUUCUCCCUGGAAGGACUGAUAACUCCAUAAAGAACCAUUGGUAUUCAACCCUAAAGCGUAAAAUGGACAAGGGUGACUAUAAGAUGGAGGAUGUGGAUCUGAGUGAUCUGGGAAUCUACCUGACGCUAAAGGAAACCUCUGCUUCCACCAGUCAUGAAAAGUCAAUAAGUGCAUUGGAGCCGUUGCCCAGGGUGAAGCCGCUGAAGAGGAAGGCUUCAGACAGAACCCCGAAGGCCGACAGUCCCCCACUCUAUCCGUCCUCACCCUCUUACUCAAGGAGUCCUUCCAUCGUGGACCCGCAACACAAAGCGUAUGUAGAUGAUGUUUUGCAGAUGAUUGCUGAGGACAUGCUCCCGCUAAACUUCACUGAAGGGUGUGGGUUCCGUAAGUUCAUGACUGCAGUGGGUCCUCAACACCCACAGCUCUCGCAGCGCACGAUCGCUUCACAACUGUACAGCUCUGUGGAGAAAACCAUCAAGCCACGGCUGAUCCAGCAGCUCAGGAAAUGUGUGACGCUGAGCGGGGGCCGUAAUGUGGUGCACAUCACCGCUGAUAUCUGGGCUAGUGAACACACAGAACCUCUUCUUGCCGUACAGAUGCAUUUUCUUGAUGACGACUGGAGCGUUCACAGCAGAACUGUGGCUUUUCGCCAUUUGCAGUGUAAUCAGGUUACAGCACAGAUCGGAGCAGAAAUCGAGUCGGUUCUUCUAAGCUUUGGGCUUUUCCCGCAUAACAUCGGGUACAGCAUCAUCCAUGAGGCCAAGAACACUAUCGCCACUCAUGAUCUGUUCUGCGACUACAAGAUCAUGUGUUCUGCGCAGAAGAGCGACCCCGAUGAAGAGGAGUUAUUGAGUUUUCUGGAUGAUCAGGUCACCAUAGAUGAUUUCUCUAUAGCGGAGAUAUCCUCCAGUAAACACCUGGAUUGCAUCACCUCCCUCCUGCAUUGCGUGAUCAAGGAGGCAAUAAAGAAGUCCAGAGUUGUGGAGCGGAUACUGUUUGAGGUGCAAAGCGUGGUGUCUUUCUUCCGCCGCAGCGCCUACUGGCUAGAGCUUCUGGCUCAGAAAUGCAAGCUCUCGCUGUUUGGCACGUUCGGCACAAGCGGCUACACCUGGAACUCCACAAUCAGCAUCAUCCGAGAGAUAAUGCAGGAAUCGGUGUGGGACUCGGUGAUGAGCCUCGUGGAUCAAGCCCACGCAGAGGUGAACAGCAGCCACAUGUGUCCACCUGUGGUCCGUGUUACACGUGAACAGGUCGUGGAGUUCGUUGGUUUCAUGGAGCCUUUUGAAGAGGUGGUCCAAGUGCUUCAGGAAGACGGCGUCACCUUGUCCCUCAUCAUUCCCACCAUCAUUGGACUUGAUAAAACACUUGAGAGCAAGACCACAAAGUUGAGCUUUUUUUGCUCAUCCCUGCGUUCUGCUCUCCGCUCUUACUUCCAACCUCUUAUUUUGCGGAGAGAUUUGAUACUAGCCACAGUUCUGGACCCGCGAAUCAAGCUCCAACCCUUUGACAAUGGAAAAGAGAAAUUCAAGACUAGCACACUGUUCACCCCUUCCAAACAACGGGCAUCUUUAGUUGUGGAGUCAGCGCUGAGUGAAGCCGCUAGAGAGACCGGGCGUGAUGAGCCGGAGCGUGUUGACAUGUCUGAGCUGACUCAGUAUCUGUCAGAGCCCUUGUCUGAGGAAGAUGUUUCCGUUCAAAGCUUCUGGAAAGAAGCGACCCGCUUCCCUUGCCUGCGAAGCAUCUGCCGCAAAUGGUUGGCCGUCCCAGCAUCCUCGGGGGGUUUUAAGAGACUGUUCCCCCUGGCGUGCUCUAUUGUGCGGGCCCGCAGGAGCAAGCUCACGCAGCACACGGCCGAGCGACUCCUGCUCUACCGGGAGCAUCUGAGCAAGAGCGCGACAGCGGAGGGGGACACACUCCGCUCUCUGCCUUGAGGAGCGGGGAGAUUCGCGGAUAUGAGAUGUACUUUUUUUUUUUAUUAUUCAGUGGAUUUUUUUUUUUUAUUGACUUUUCAUGAGCAUGCCACUGACAAUAAACCUGAAACUUGAAUCAUUUUGAAACUUUUUACAUCUGGAACUACAGUGGUUGUCGUAUUGUUGUUUCACAAAAUGUACCUCUCUAUGAUUCUGUCAGGAACGUGAUCAUCCUGAAGCGGAAAUAAGUGUGAACAUUAGUUGAGAAACACUGUUGACUAUGUCUUUAUCAUAGCUGAAGCAAAAUAAUGCCAACGACAAGGGAAAAACAAAAAAUGAACAAACAAUACAAGAGUUUACAAGCAGGAUUUGAUUAUUUUGUCACCAGACAAACAGACUCUCAAACUGUCCUGUUACAAUAGCUAACAUUACAACAGCAUAACUGUGGUUCUGUGAAUCCGCUAAACCGCUGUUACUCGUGUGUGGAUCAGAAGCACCGUCUCUGCGUUUGCUUUCAGGCCUUCCCGUUCUCUAACAUCUCCAACGCUGGAAAGCUUCCCUAAUAUUACCGCAGGUCAUAAAGCACUUGCCUGAUCAUGACCUCCUUCUUCCAGUGAUAAUCCUCUGAGCUUUCCUCUUUUGUAAUUAGGGAAGUGCAGGACUAGUCGACUAAACGGUACAGCUGCUACUAGUCGACACUAAAAACAACAGUCCACAUUUAGGUUGCCGUGUGUGGGCGGCAGUCGGCUAUGAAGUACCUGCUGUUUACUUACAUUUUAAAUAAAUAAAUAAAUGAUAAACCGUU